GCAUUUUUUUCUGAUGUGAUGAGAAAAUACGACAAUGGGUUAACCAAAAAAUGGGUGACUCAGACUCCGAAUCGGAUGCGGAGUACGCAGGAAUAGAGCAGCCCCCAAUAAUUCACCAGCUGAAGAGGAUCCUCGAUGAGUACAGUAAUGAUGUACAGAUCAUCAAGGAGCUUGUGCAGAAUGCAGACGAUGCAGGUGCUACAGAGCUGAAGGUCUUGUACGAGGGGGACACAUUCAACCAUGAGGAUGGAGGCAAGAAAGCAAGAUACAGGAAGUUCUUCCAGGCCCCUGCUCUGGUGUUCUACAACAAUGCCAAGUUCACAGAUGUGGACUGGAAAGGCAUUCGCCAGAUUUACAGCAGCAACAAGGCGGAUGAUCCGAUGAAAAUUGGCAAGUUUGGCUUGGGAUUCAAGUCUGUAUUUCAUCUAACAGACAACCCGUGUAUCCUGAGCGGUGACAAGGUCAUGUUCAUAGACCCUCAUCAGGGCAAUCCCGGCAAGGUUUGUGUCAGUGUCAAGGUUUGCAAGUUGAGAGGGUGGAAACGUCUCAAUAUUAAAGAGUGUUUGCAUGCGUUUAAUGGCAGAUUUGGGUUCAGUGACAAUACUCUUGAUAGUGGACAGUUUGAAGGGACAUUAUUUUGGUUUCCUCUUAGACAUUGUGCCUCAAAACUGUCUGAAAACAUAUGCAAUGACGAGCAGGUUACAAUGCUUUUACGUGCAUUCAUGGAUGAAGCAAAGCGCAGUUUGCUUUUUCUGAAAACCAUCUGUAGUGUGCAAAUGUUUGUACACAAAUCCCAAUCUGAAGGUGAAAUUGUGUAUUCUAGAACAAAUGGAUUUCUCUCUAUCAUUGCACGAGGUUAUAAGAACCCGUUCUUUUUUGUAAAAAUCGAAAAUCAUGAUGGAACUCUUGUUGAAAAGAAAAAAGAGAUAUUACAAGAACUGGAAUCAGUAGGAAGAACUAUACCUGAUCAAACCAAAAUGUGGAUUCAUAAUGUUUUCGUCAAAGUAAUGACAUUUGAACAUUGCAAAGAAGAAAAUACUGUCAAGAAUUGGAUCGUUGUAAACCAUUUGAAAGGUGAACCUUUAUCAACCCGUUUCAAAGAACUUUUGUCAGACGAUGAUAUCUGCAAUCCUCACUUGGUUGGCCUUGCUGCACCAAUUCUAGAAACUAACUCUUACGCGCAUGACAGUGGGCAUGUGUUUGUUUAUCAGCCACUUCCUCAGGAGUCAUCUUCUGUGACUGGACUACCUGUCCACGUGAAUGCAUUUUUUGUUCUCAGCCAAAAUCGAAGACACAUACGAUGGCCGGAUAAUAAUGAGAAACAAGCUACUGACAAAAAAAUUGAAUGGAACAUGCGACUUUUAACAGAAAUUCUUCCCGAUGCAUACGUUGCUCUUGUUACCGAACUUGCAAAAUACUCUGAAAGACAUGAGAACAAUGACAUCUAUGUUAAGUCUGUUUACAACGCCAUUCCUAGCUGCGAAAAAGUAAAUGAACGAUGGAUGUGUCUAGCCCAGGCUUUUCUAGAAAACAUUCAGACCAAACCUAUUUUGCUGUCAAAAUCAAUUAAGUGGACUUGUCCUUCUUCUGCAGUCUUUAUUGACAGGGCAUUAAAUGGCUCUUCCAAUAGAGUUUGGGAGCAUGUUGCAGAUGUUUUCAUGGAAGAAGGAAGAUCGCUUGUUGAAGCAGAACCACACAUUGUCAGCUCUUUGGAAAAAGUUAGAUCAGAUCAUUUGACAUAUGUCGACGCGGCUCUUCUACGAAACUUGCUUGCAGCAUAUGAAGCCUACAAGUCUAAAAACAUUCAAGUGAAAAUUGAUUUGCUCAUGUUUUUGAUGAAAGAUGAUAUAAAACUAAUUGAAGGAUUACAACUGCUGCCACUUGUGGAUGGUACAUUUACCGAAUUUGACGCUAACGCUCAAAGUGUAUUCUAUGAAGACCAUAGUAUAGUGUACUCAUUUCCAGAGUUUAAGAGCAGAUUUGUUGCAGGUUCCAUCGCCAACUGGUUUGUCUGA